CACUAGCUCUUUUUUUUCGAAUACGACACACAAGUCAAGAUGCCGAAAAAGAAAACCGGCCAGCGCAAAAAAGCAGAGAAGCAAAAGUUACGUUUGAAAGAGAUUAGGGGACGAGAGGUUCCUCUGGCUGAUCUGCCUUGCAAUGCACCGAUGGACUGCGACAAGUGUGAGAAAAAGCAAAAGUCUCGUGCCUUCUGCUAUUUCUGCCAAAGUGUGCAGCGUUUGCCCAUUUGUGCACAAUGUGGCAAGAUUAAGUGCAUGCUUAAGACGGGAGACUGUGUAAUCAAACAUCCCGGCGUGUACACGACUGGAUUUCCUGGCAUGGUCGGUGCCAUUUGCGACUUCUGCGAGGCUUGGGUGUGUCACGGGCGAAAAUGCCUAACCACGCACGCCUGCACCUGCCCGUUGCAGAACGCUGUGUGCCUAGAGUGCGAACGUGGUGUCUGGGAGCAUGGUGGACGCAUCUUUAAGUGCUCCUUUUGCGACGGUUUUCUGUGUGAAGACGACCAAUUUGAGCAUCAGGCCUCGUGCCAGGUGCUGGAGUCGGAAAACUAUAAAUGCCAAUCAUGCAAUCGUCUGGGUCAAUAUUCAUGCUUGCGCUGCAAGACGUGCUACUGCGAGGACCAUGUGCGCCGCAAGGGAUUCAAGUAUGAUAAGAACAAGGCUAUACCGUGCCCUAAGUGCAAUUAUGAAACGUCUGUGACAAAGGAUUUGAGCAUGUCCACGCGAUCCCAUAAAUUUGGCCGUCAACAACAAGGCAUGGGCAGUGACGACGAAGAGGGCUAUGGUGGCUAUUAUGGGGGCUAUGGGGCUAGUGGUAGCGCUGGCUAUACGUAUGGCGAUGACGACGAGGACGAUGGUGAUGACGAUGAGAGCGAAAGCGAUGAUGACGACGAGGAGGAGACAAGCGGCAGUGAAGCUGAAGCUGAAACCGCCAAAGCGGAAGAAAAAUCUGAAAAAUAAUUCUUUUGUUUUUUAAAUAGAUACAUUUACAAAUGUGUAUGUAAUAAAUUCAUGUACUCAGUAGAUAA